GCCCGGACGAAGCACAGUGGGAUUUCUGAAGGCUGCGGCGCGUGCCGCAUGCCAACGCCGCGAUUAACCUUGUCCGACCCUAUUAAUACACCUUACGACUUCAAAACAACCUAGUAGCCAACGAAGUAACCAUGCAGCUCAUAUGUGUGUCCCUGUUGACGUUAGGGCUCGCCCACUGCGCGCCAAGCCGAUUCGUUUUUCCCGACGAAAGGCGCCAGGAUAAGAAACUGGAGCCGAUUAUUACGCCACCUGUUCUGCCCGUUUUAGAACAUUUGGAACGCGAUCCAAGUACGUUACUGCCUAGUGAUAAAGUGAAGUCAUUAGGACAAGUGACACCCAGGUUUGGAGUGGGUGGUGGGUUUAAUGUGCAACCUUCGGGGCAUGGCGGUCUGACGGCUAGUGUUAGCAGCAGCGGAAGUGGAGCUGGAUUGAGCCAUUCAGCAUCACAGUCAUUCUCCUUCGGAUUCAGUGAAGGCUUCAGUGCGUCUCAUUCAGCAAGCCAAGCUUCAUCGUUCAAUGGAUUUGGCAGUGGUUUUGGAGGCAGUCAAGCGAGCAGUCAGGCUGCGUCAUUCAACGGUGGUGGAACAUCAUUGUCUGGAGCAGCUUCCUCCUCUUCAGCGCUCGGUGGAAACUUUGGAAGCGGAAGUCAAAGCGCUUCAUCUGCUUUUGGAUUUAACUCCAUAAGCGGUUUUCCACAACCCAGUCCGAGCUUUGGAGAUGGACUUCUUGACAUCAGGCACCGGGGAGCUCCGAACUUUCCAUUCCCAGACCUUUUGGGAAGAAGUAAAGGCAGUGCAGUUGCAUUCAAAAGCAAACCUGGUUUCGGAAGGAGGCACGAUGAUUUUCUAGCUGUUCUAGUUUCUAAGUAAAAUAAUUUGAAUAAACAUGUAAAUUAUAUAGCGGAUAUACUCUAGAAGGAUAAAAAUGCACUCGCAUAUAUAAAUAAUAGGUAGGUAUUUAAAUUAUUAAAAUUUUCAUAAGACAUUACCAAC